CGAUUCGCACACAGUAAGCACGGUGCAUACCUACCUUGCCGCAGCGAGAAGUGGCCCGCCGACUGUCAACGGAAAUGAGCGGUCUUCGGUCCAGGAACGUAGACCUCGGAGACCGGAACGGAACGAACCGCUGGUGCAAGAACUUUUCCGCGGAUUCCGAUGGUCCUCCAAUGUCUAGGUCUGGUAGCAGCAGCAGCAGCAUCUCCAACGGAAACGGAAACCACAGCGGCACGCUCCAAUCGAUGGGCCUGACGAGGACCAAGCGGAUCGUGCUCAUGCUCUGCACCGCCCUGGUCUUUGCGGUCCUCCAGCUCCGGGGCGAGCUUCCCAUGGAGGAAGCCGACCUGAUUCCCGGGGAGGUCGUGCAGAAGAGCACCCACCUGCCCACAGCCGGGACGCCUCCGGACACCGCCGAGCCCGGGGGGAGCGGCGAGACGGGCAAAACGCAGGCCGCAACGGAAGAGACCGUGGCGACGUCUCCCCCGUCCCUGCGGCCGACGCUCCGGCCAACAGUGGCCGAGCCCGUGGCCGUGGCCAUGACUUCCACCACGAUGAUUCCCACGGAGGCAAAAGCGGGGACGAACGCCGAGCCGGUGGCGGCCGUCCCCCCUCCGACCGAGGAACCAAAGACGCCGGCCGCAGAACCCGGUCCGGCGGCCGGCGAGAACGAAAGCGGCCCACAGGCGAUCGGCAGCGAUCCCGAAACGAGCGGGGGCGGGGGCGACGGAACCGAAACCACGGUCCCGCCCGAACCCAGCGCGCAGAACGCACCGGCCAGCGACGGAACCAGCGAAACAGCGGCAACGAUACCCCCUCCGUCGCCGCCACCGACGAUAGGUCCCAACCCUAGCGAUGGCAACAACAACGGUGGCGGCGAACCCGCGGCAACCACAACCACGACGACGGAGCCGGCAGAAGAACCCACCGGGGAAGAGGCGCGGGAUCCGCCCCACAACAACGCGAGCGGCAAGCUGCCGGCGGCGCUUUCGGACGCCCAGCUCUCCCAAGCCGCGAGGAAAUUCGCCGAGACCCACUGCGACCUGACCAACCUGAAAGACGGGCAGUGGUACCCCUCGGGCGGGGAGGAUUCCUGGAAGCAGCGGGCCCCAUACCUGAUCGUGGCGGGCGUUUGGAACGCGGGGGUGAACCCGCUGGCCAGGGCCCUCCUCCGGCACCCCCAGGUUGUGUCCUCCAAGCAGGAGGGUUUUUUCUUGCCCAAGCAGUUCCAGAAAUACAUCGACGUCGUUCCGGCUUCCGGAAACCAAAACCAGAACGCCACCGCCUCCGAGAGCCGGUUCCGCGUCAAGGUCUUUGCCGCGAGGGAGCGCAUGUACGCACAGGUGUAUAGCAAGUCCAGCUUUCAGGAAAAGGCCGGAAGCGGCGAGGAGGCCCCGCCGGCGGCGGGUGACGCAAACGACAACAACAACGACGGGGACGACGGCGGCAGCAAGCGCGUGGCGAUGGACGUGAGCCCCGGGCUUAUAUUUUACGCGCACAAGACCGCCCACUCGAUCCUGUGCACCGCUCCCUGGGUCAAGGUGGUGGUGGUGCUGCGGAACCCGAUCGAUCGGCUGUACCAGCAGUGGGUCUACAGCACCGAACGCCUCGGGCUGAAGCUGCCACUGGAGGACUGGAUGGCCCUGGAAAUGAAGGUCCUACAGAAGGUGGGCUUGAUCAAUCGCGGUGACGAAGCGAAUGACGCCGUUUCCGAAAAGGAGGCCUGGAGAAACUACCAGUCGGUCCACAACAUGGCCGGGGUCAUCGGGAGGAGCCUGUACGUCUUCCAGCUCGAGGAAUGGAUCGAGGCCUUUGUUGCGGCCGGAAAGAAUCCCUCGGAAGAGAUCGUUGUUCUAACGACAGAGGAGAUCGAGGAAGAUCCCUCGGGAAACUACAGCGAGUUGAUGCGGUUCCUGGGGUUGUCCGCCUUUGACGGUGCGGUCCAGGGGGGAGACGGGGUUGCCACGGAGCUACAGAAAUCCCUGCUCCAGAGGCCUAACGACACCGCCCUGCCCCCCAUGAAGGAAGAAACCAGGAACAUKCUAAAGCAAUUCUUCCAACCGUACAACGAGCGCCUCGCGAAGCUCUUGCGAUCGAACGGGUUCGAGGGAGACUGGGACACGCGCUGGAAACAAUAAAACGGACCACGGAGCAAGGCCGGCACCGUUGCAGCGACAGCGAUCUGUGCGGUCUCUUUGCCCAUAAACGAAACGACAAUGCACGAGGAAGGAUCGCGAGAUUCCUUCCAGCGGCUUGCGGUUCGGUCGUGACCUUGCCGGUACAUGCCACGCUGCACAAACAUCUGUGGAAUGGGUAUCGAACGCUUAACGAAGCUCAAAUGGAGCAACUCUAUUGUUGGUAGCGAGAUCUUGCCAUUCGUUCUGUGUUUUUCGAAGAAAACACCCGUGCCUACGGUUUCUAUCCACCACAGUGCUUGGCUGCUUGCAAAUUACAACUGCAAAUACAUCGCAGUCUUCUUUUCCAGAAUGCCACUAGUCGGACUGCAAAAUAAAGCUGCGAGAGACGAUGUAUUUUCCUCAAGGAACAGGAGAUCCCGUGAACGCAGCAGGCACGAGAUACAGGUUUUGAAAAAAUAAUACCCUUGGCAAGGC